AUGCACACUAAUGUGGGCAGUAGAGUUCUUGACGAAGAAGGUUUUCCAGGAAGAUUUCUGCCUCCGGUCUAUUAUGAUAAAGAUGGAAUUGCCAAUGUACUUGCUAUGUGCAAGAUGAUUGCUGCGGGAUAUUGCGUUACCAUGGAUACUGAUGCUGACAAUGCCUUUGUUGUAAAUUGCAAUGGAGACAGUGAGAUGCAAUUUGUUAAUCAAUGGAUAUGCUGGACUUGGGAUGAACUCAAAGAUGGCAAUGUUCAAAAGAACAAGGAAGGAUUCACUCCAAGACAAGUCAAGGCUGCAAUGGGAGCGAGAAGUGCAAUGCACAUACUCAAUGCUCCAAGCACCAACAGUCUAAAGUAUGCAAUCCAAUCUGGUCUCAUCAAGAACUGUCCUAUCACUGAAGAAGCGACCAAUCAUGCUGAAGCAAUCUUUGGACCUGGCGCAUCUACAUUGGAAGGCAAGUCAACAAGACCAACAUCGGAAAAGAAGGUCUGGUCCUAUUGGUUGGCUUGCUUGAGUCAUAUUAGGACAUGGCUCGGUCUGCUUAUGGCACGUGGCCAUGUGAUGUUUUUGCAGCCAUUUGACUGGAACCUUUUGCCCCUGUGCUAA